GGCGGGACCGUCCCAGCCCUUUCCUUUGCAGGCAAACACAGCCUGGCCGGGAGAGCCUCCAAAGGAGGAGGGACCCUUGCUGCGGCCGCGGGGCUUCCUCCAGCCCCCUCUUUUUCUUUCUUCUUCUUUUCCUUUUGCUUCCAAGGGGAAGAGGACGAGCAUGGCCACCGUCGCCAGCCCUCUCCUGAGCCUCUGCGCCUUGCUCUUUGGGCUGCUGCCUCCCGGCGGUUUCUGUGAGAGUUGUGAAACAUACCAAGAUUCUGAUGGACAUUUAUAUUUGGGAACAAGUUGUACAGAUUUUUGCUGCGGAAGCUGCCUCAACCGAUAUUGCUGCUCAGACUUGUCGCAAAAAUUGGAUAAAUAUAACCAGCUUAUGUGUAAUUUGCAGCUGUUGGAAAGCAGGACAUCUCCACCAGCCAUGGGAGUGGCGAUGAAAUUCGAAUCAGAAUUCAGACAAUUCCCUGGUGUCACUUUUAUAGUAAUCGGAGUUACAGUUUUCAUCCUGAUUGUAACCCUUAUUGUUGUCUGCUUCACAUGCUCAUGUUGCUGCCUGUACAAAGCAUGCCGAGGGCAACCACGGCCUGUUGUGACCACAACUACAGCCACUACUGUGGUGCAAGUGCCAUACCCUCAGCAGCCUGGUAUGGCCACAGGUUACCCACCAGGUGUGUACCAAGGAUAUAGUCCUAUCCCGGUGCAGCCGCAGCAUGGGAUGCCUGCCGCUCCCUACCCAACCCAGUACCCUCCACCUUACGUCGCACAGCCUUCAGGACCACCAGCAUAUCAUGAAACAAUGGCAGCUGGUGCUGGAGCUCCUGCAAGUCAGCCACCUUAUAACCCUGCAUAUAUGGAUCACACAAAGUCAUACUGAAGGAAUUUACUCCUGUGUGGCGCCUAUGCAGAAAACGCUUCAAACUGAAUUUGUCUUGUGGCAUACUUUCUUAAACUACUACUCUGAUAAGUGGGAAAGGAGAGGGAUAAUCCACAAACAGUGAUGUCUACAAAAAUAUUGUGUACUACAAGAGGAAAAAAAUACCUUGAUGUGGAUUAAUUUUUCCACACCUCAGGCAGCUGAAGUUGUUGAAAACUAAGGGGAGGGAAGAAAACAAAGGUAAUGGCUGAAGCAAAAAUAUCACAGUGGGAAUUGUGAAUAUCUUGUACAAAACUUUGAAGUUUGUUAGAAGAGAAUGGCAGUUAUGAGAUGAGUAGCAACACCUACAACCAUAAUUUCCCCAAAGAUUAAUACUGACUAGAAAAUGAGACGUAUAUUUAACACAACUGUGUAAAAUUGAAUAUUGUAUUUUCAGGUAGUUGUUAAGAUGCAAAGUCUUUCAUUUUCACAAAUGAAGUGCACAAUCUUAAGUAAAAUAUUAUUGAGACUUUAGAAAGAAAUAAUGAUGGUUGUUAAAUUACAUCUCAGUGUGUACCGUAUUCAUUGUGUACCGUACUCAUAGUCCCAUAGUCACUCACUUGAUUGUAACCUUUCCCAGUUUUCAUUUCCACCAUACAGGUUUUAUAUAUACUUCACAAUAUACCAAAAACAGAGUAGUUAUAUAUCUACUACAUGAGAACAGUUGUAUUAGGUUAUUAAUAAUCUUAAAAGAGGAGACCUGUGAUGGGAUGUUAUAGUGUAUUUGGAAUUUUUAGUAGAAGGGUGACGUUUAAAUAAAGUAUUACUCUUAUAUUAUUUUCAUGUCCUAAUAGGAGUAGUUCUGUUCAGGCAGCAGUUAGCAAGCUCAGGGUUCCCUAAACCAAUGUGAUAAAGCAAAAUUGGGUUAAGGGGACAAUUUCCUUUCCAUCCUGGCCUCUGUUUUCAAUUUUCCUUUUCCAGAUUAAAUCAACAUUCCAUGGACACUGAGCAUGCUCACUUGUUGUUUGGAUAUGUUUAUGUGGCCUUGCUCUCCUAGGAUUUUUAACAUUUUUGUAUUUCUGCAGACCUCAAGAUUUCCUUCAUCAAUGUGAUUCUUCCCUCUUAUUUUUAAGUGGUGUUGCUACAUGAACAAAUCAUAUCACUUGGUUGUGAUAAGUAGUUUUACCUUGCAGUACAAUGGCUGACCAUUUUUCUUUUUAAAAAUAUUCCUUUUAAAAAAAAAAAAAGUAUAAAAAUUACAUUUCAGUAGUCUCCUGUUCAAAUUUGAGGGAAGAAGCCAUGAAAGAUAGUUGGAAUUCUGCCCUGGAAAAUUAAAAUUAUGCUUUAUACACCUGGUGUUUUGUAAUUUUUAUACUAACCAGAAGCACAUCAAGUGGCAAGAGGUGCAGCCUUGUUAAAUGUGAUAUUACUAACAUCAUACAUGAGAAAAACCUCUGAAAAAUAAUAUCAAACCUUAAAAUAGCCUCAUGUGUCAAUCAACAAUAUGCCAAUGUGUUCAAAACUGAGAUUAGAAAAUUUGGCUGAUCACAAGAUAGGACAAAACUGCAUUCUUGGCAUUGAGAAAAUUCAUGACUUCUCAUAAAAUACAUUUUUAUUUUUACAUAGCAUUUUGUGAUCAUAAUAAUAGAAAUGGUUAGUGAGGUAUUUUCAACAUUGAAGACUGUUGUGGCUUUUUAUGUACACAUUGGGAACUGUAAAGCAAGCUGAAAUUAUACAUGCAUUAAGAAUGUCAAUGUCUUGAGAAAAACUUUCAAGGCAUAGCCUUCCUCUUGUUUUAAAUGGUGCCAGAAGUAUUCAGGUCUUAAAUUCUGUGCUUGAAUCUUUGUAUACAAUGCUGAGUAGCCAAACUCUUUCUUUUAAAUGGUUUGAUAGCACUGUCCUAUACAUGUCAGCUUAGUAGCAACACAAAUUGAAUUAUAUCAGGUUUACUUUCAGGUAAAUGUUAAUAAGAUUACUCCUUAAGUAGAUUAAACAUUUGUUUCCAGCAACUGGGUCUAUAGUUCACUGCAUUUGCCGUCAUUUCUAUGUUGUAAUUGCAUCUUACUGAAACCUUAGCUCUCACGUUAUAGCUUUAAAAUGUCAUUUAGUACAUAUAGUUAUUCAAAGAUGCUUCUCCUUGUUCCCUUCCUAUAUUGUAUUAAUAUGCAUAGUUUCCUAUAUUGCAUAUCUUGCUUUAAAAAACAAUUGUGAAAUCAGGAACGCAGAAUAAAUAAGCUUAAAGUGACCAUGAAGUAAUACCUUGCAUAAAUAGUUCUAUGAAACCUACUACUAGUCUUAAUUCUACUGCAGGUUUUCAGGACUAUAGAAUUGUGAUUUUUGCUAUCAGCUUGUGCAUUUCUUUCAUUUAAUAUAAAAAAAAUGAAAAUAUAAGCAAUCUUUAUAUUUCCCUUUUUUAUAUUUUAAUGGUGGAUUGUUUCUUUUGUUAUAAGAGAUUGUAAUUCUUGUGUUUCUUUCUGUUUGAGCAACCUUUUUUUCAAAAGUGUUGCCUGUCUUAAAAGCCUUGCUGUUUACAUUCCCCUUUUCUACAAUUUGCCUGUAAAAUGACAGAAGCCUUCAAUCCACAUGCUUGGCAGUAAACACGCCUUACUUCUGAGCAGACUUGCAUAGGAUUGUACUGUGAUAUAUUUAUGUAAGUGUGACCUUUUUUUCCUUCUAAAGAUAAAGUACCUUAUUUGAACAUGUGGCCUACAUUACCAUAACAUAAAAUGAAAAGUUUCUGGAAAUCAUUAAUAUGUAAAUAUUUUCUCCACAAUUUUUAUGUCAAUUGUGGGAAAAACAUUCAUGAUGAAUAUGACAUUUCUGAAGACAUAGGAAACCAAAAUGUUUGUUGACCUCCAUGUUUUUGACAAUACAGUAGAGUCUCACUUAUCCAAGCUAAACAGGCAGGCAGAACCUUGGAUAAGCGAAUAUCUUGGAUAAUAAGGAGGGAUUAAGGAAAAGCCUAUUAAACAUCAAAUUAGGUUAUGAUUUUACAAAUUAAGCACCAAAACAUCAUGUUAUACAACAAAUUUGACAGAAAAAGUAGUUCAAUACGCAGUAAUGUAAUGUUGUAAUUACUGUAUUUACGAAUUUAGCACCAAAAUAUCAUGAUAUAUUGAAAACAUUGAUUACAAAAAUGCCUUGGAUAAUCCAGAACCUUGGAUAAGCGAGACUCUACUGUACUUUCAUUUCUUGGUUUAUAAUUAAAAGCAAGCUGUUACAAAUGUCUCCCCAUCCCCUGCACCCAUGAAAUGCAUCCAAGAAAACUUAUUUCAUCUAGGCCAGCAAGACUUGUGCUAGCGUAGCUGCAUAAAGAUAUGGAUGGGAAAUAUGUGACCUUCCAGCUGCUCUUGGACUGCAAUCCCUAGCAUCCUUCAUUGGAGGAGCAACUCCCAUGUGAUAAAUCCUGCUUUUAUCCUGUUGCAAUAGUGAUCUACCUGUUUCAAGUGAUCAGGCCCUAAGCUAAUUAGUGUUACUGAGAUCUGCAGUCGAACUUCAUCUGGUGAGCCAUGUGAUUCUCACCUGUGACUUAAAGCCUGCUGUCUUGCUUUGCCUCUGCUCUUUGUUCCCAAAACUAGAUGGACGUUUCUUUGUUUUUGGUGACCGAUCCUAGUAAGAUUCAUAUACAACCUGACCCAUGCAAUUGUAGUUCACACAGUCAUCUGACUUGCAGAAAUAGUGUUAAUUGUACAACCAAGAAGAGAAUGUGACAGUAUUUAUUUCUGUAUAGAAUGUAUUUCUCUAUUGGCAAUCCUGCUGUUACACAUGAGCCUGGUUACAAUUGAUAAUGCUUGCAUGCAAUAUAGGAAGGGAGAGAUUCUAUGAGUACGAUGUAUGUGACAGUUUAAUUAUUACUUUUAUUCUGAGAAUUUCAGCUUUAAACUACAGAUUUUCAGUUUUUAAUCUUUGUAUCAUGACCCCUAAAAGUGCCUUUUCCAGACUAUUAUUACAUUGGUGGAGACAAUGUAUGUGCUGUGUAUCAAUGUACUGUGUGUUUCAUGUUUGACAUUCUUGUUUUUUUACAAAAAAAUUGCUCUGUAUUAGUUGCUCAUAGUAAACAAAUUACAUUCAAAAAGAA